ACCUCCUCGGACUACACACGCUACGUAUGCGACGUGCGUGGUGAUGAUGACUUGGAGAAUUGCUAGACAAAGGUCAAAAGGUAGGUCGUUGUGCAGGAAGGAGUCUUGCGAGUGAGGAGAAAGGUCAUGGCAAGAAUGUCGAGCAAAAAAAGCCGUCAAAGAACAAGUAUUCACACAUGUCUCCCCCCAGAAUCACCACACAAAGCAGAAUCGGAGGAAGCGUAUAGUUGCUUGAUAUUAUCUCCCAUGGCGCUUGCGCUUGUCCUCUUCCUGGGACUGAUGGAGGGAGUGGAGAGCGCUGGGAUAAGGAUAGCGGUGAUGGGAGGUGAAUGUAUUUGUUCGUUACUGGUGGGAGGUGUUAGUUGGGAUUUGAGGAGGAAGCAAGGGAGAGGAAAGGAGAAGGAAGGGUGCGCAUCAGAAUGAGUAUGUAAUCAGUGUUCAGAUUCAGAUGCAACACCAUAAUAUAUUGUGAACAUCAUUGCGCACCCAACCCCAAGGACAAAUAAACCGAAUGAAGCAAACGAAAUGGAGCCACAGACACUACGCGGACAAACAAAAACAC